CACUCGCGGCUGCUCCUCGGUGCCGACGCCGGGGACGGGACGCGCGGAGAAGUCUCCUCCUCUGUUGCGGGUGGGGAGGUGCGGGGGUUGGUUUCCCGGGCUGCGGCUGAGCUCGCUUCGUCGUCACCCCACCUCCUCCUCCCCCCAGUUCACCCCAUCCUCGGGGCCAGGUGGCAGCCGCCUUUCGGGGAUUCGCUUUCCUGCAAUUGGCGGCUCCUCUUUGGAAAGCCCACGAGGCGGCUACUCAGCCUCAGCCGCAUUGAGUAGUCGGGCAGCCGGCUUCCCCGGGCGCUCGCCGCGCGCCUGCCGCCUCGCCUCGGGCCGGGCACCGCCGGGCACCGCUGGGCACCGCUGCUCGCUGCCCCUUCCCGGCCGCGCCUGCCGCCUCGCCUCGGGCCGGGCACCGCCGGGCGCCGCUGCUCGCUGCCCCUUCCCGGCCGCCCCUCGGAGACUCCGCCGCCUCUCCUGCAGCUUCGCCCCUGACGCUCCCGGGCACCUGUUGUGGGCGGGGAUCGCGGAGAUGAAGGUCCUGGGCCAUAAGAUAGAGUUGUUAACAGGGUUGUUGCUCCAAGAGGUGACCAUGGCAGGGCUCCACGAGCUGCGAUUCACCGAGGAGAAGCCGCUGCUCAGAGGACAAGACACUGAGUUGGAAAACUCUGACACCUUCCUCUCGGCUGUGGACACAGACUGGAAGGAACAUGACAUAGAGACCCCAUAUGGCCUUCUCCAUGUGGUGAUCAGAGGCUCUCCAAAGGGAAACCGCCCUGCCAUCCUCACCUACCAUGAUGUGGGGCUCAACCACAAGCUCUGCUUCAACGCGUUCUUCAACUUUGAAGACAUGCAGGAGAUCACCAAGCACUUUGUGGUGUGCCAUGUGGAUGCCCCCGGGCAGCAGGUGGGGGCCUCACAGUUCCCUCAGGGGGGAUCUCCGGGAGGACUCCCCAGUCUUUUCUGCACACCUGACACCAUGGUCUCCCUCAGGUUCAAGUACGUGAUUGGCAUUGGGGUUGGUGCCGGAGCUUAUGUCCUGGCCAAGUUUGCUCUGAUCUUCCCUGACCUUGUGGAGGGCCUGGUGCUCAUGAACAUUGACCCCAAUGGCAAAGGGUGGAUUGACUGGGCAGCCACCAAGCUUUCGGGCUUGACGAGCACUUUACCUGACACAGUUCUUUCUCACCUGUUCAGCCAGGAGGAGCUGGUGAACAACACAGAGUUAGUGCAGAGCUAUCGGCAGCAGAUCAGCAGCACCGUCAAUCAGUUCAACCUUCAGCUCUUCUGGAACAUGUACAACAGCCGCAGAGAUCUGGACAUAAACCGGCCCGGGACGGUCCCCAACGCCAAGACCCUUCGCUGCCCAGUGAUGCUUGUGGUCGGGGACAAUGCGCCCGCAGAGGAUGGGGUGGUUGAGUGUAACUCCAAGCUGGACCCAACCAACACCACCUUCCUGAAGAUGGCUGACUCUGGCGGACUUCCCCAGGUCACCCAGCCGGGGAAACUGACCGAAGCCUUCAAGUACUUCCUUCAGGGCAUGGGCUAUAUGCCAUCAGCCAGCAUGACCCGCCUGGCCCGCUCCCGCACUGCUUCUCUCACCAGCGCCAGCUCCGUGGAUGGCUCCCGCCCCCGGGCCUGCACCCACUCGGAGAGCAGCGAGGCUCUGGGCCAGAUCAACCACACCAUGGAGGUGUCCUGCUGAGGCCCCCGUUGUCUCCCCGGAGCUGCCUCCCAGAUCCAACGUCAUCAUCGAAUCAUCAUCCAACUGCCGUCCCUGAUCACCUGCCCACACGUUCUUGGUUUUAUUUUGGGGAGGGAGGGGAGAGGGCUUAAAUUCUUUUGUUUUGUUUUGUUUUUUUAAAAAAAGGGGAAAAAAAGAGCAAAGAUAAAUAUCCCAAGGAGGAAACCACCUUUAAAAAACUCAGCCCGACAAUCUCCAAAGCAUUCCGAGAAGUGACCCUUAGCUGUCACUUUCUGCCUCCAGGACCUUUCCUCCCUUCCUUCCCCCUAUGCUUCAGCUGUGGAGAUCUGGGCCUCCCUGGGGAGCCAGGCCACCGGCACUCGGCCGUUUCCCCCAGAAAAUGCCCCCUUCCCCCCCCCGCCGAAGAACUUGAAUGUUCUCAGGUUCCUUUCUAAUGGUUCCCUCCUAUAUCUGCUUGGGCCAUUGGCUCCAGGACGCAAGGAAACUUCCUGUGGCACAGGUCUGCUGAGCUUUGUAAGGAUCCGUUUCCCUGGUUCUGGUCCCACAUCAGGGUCGGUAGACAUGGGAGAAAGCAGUCACUUCCUUUUGCCUCUUUGUUCCCUCUCCCCUGACCCCAAAAACCUGGAUCUUUUCUCAAAGAGGAAGUGAGACUGCUAAGCUAUGGUUUCCACCCCAGGGAAGUGGUAGGGGGUCUCCAGAGUGCUGAGCAGAAGAGAGGAGAUCUUGUCUGGUUGGGAAAGCCACUGGCCUAAAGAGCUGGGAUGGAAAGCAGGGGAGGAGAGUUGGGAUGGGCAGCAGGGGAGGACUCUGGGAGGAAAUGUCUGCGAAGAGCCUGGGAGCCUUUACAUCCCUCCCACACCACUAUGGGAUAUAGAGAUUGAUAUAUAUUUUAAGUCUUGUUGCAUAUAUGACAAUCAGCAAUAACAACCAAAAGUUUAAAUUGCAUCUCCCCCGACCGACCCUUUGCACCCUUGGCUGUAGGAGGCUAAGGGCACCAUUGGAUGGACGGCCCCGGAGCCCAUCCCCAGAGGCUGCUUGCCUCCCUGUUGGGCCGCACUGGGGACUCAGUGCCUGUGUAGCGGGCCAGUAGUUUUUGACCUGGAUGGUCGGACAGAUGGCUCCAGGAGAGGACCUGGGAGUUUCAUUUCUGCCCCAAAAGGGAAUUGGAGACCCUAAUCAGAAAAAAUCUGGAAAGGGAGUGAGGGGCUUUAGGCUUGGGGGGAGUGCUUCCACUGAUUGCUUGGAGGAGGAGGAGGAGAAAGUGGCCUGGAAGUGCCCGCAGAGACCAGGCAGGUCCUCCCCCAGGGUGGGGGGCUAGCUGUCCUCCCCUUCCCCUAGUUUUCUUUUGGGUUUGGUUGGUGCUGCUGCAUUAAAUCGGCAUGUCUGAUUCCCCUCCGUUCUGGUGGGAGAGCAUAGUUCGUUCCCACGUAAACUCCUUUGUUGAAAUGGGCGUAAGGUCUUUUGUAGGGGGCUGUAAUGUCAGAGAACAUCAAGCCCUGAAAAGCUGAUUUUGCUUAGGACAGAGCUUGUUCGGGAAAGAGUCUUGAGGGGAGAUUUCCUAGGAACAGUCUUGGGGAUCAGCUUUGGGCCAGGAGGCCCCUAAGGGACUUUCAGUCUUGGCAGUAGCUAGCACUAGUCUCCGUGAUCCCAAAGGUGGCUCUUCCUGGGUGAUUGACCCAGAUCCCGUGGAGGUGCAGUGUGGAAGCCAGGAUCAGUGUAUGGGGAAAGAGACCCUCCUUGUCUUAAACCAAGUGGAUCGUCCUGAAGAUUGUCCCCUUGUAGAAAGGCUUCGGGAAGGAUGGACUGGCCAGAAGCAGCUUGUACGAGAUGAGUCAUUUUCCUCCAUACCCUCCAUGGUCUGGGUCUGGCUGGAGAUAGAUCUACGCUGUCUCCGGCUGGCCCGAGCUCCUGAGGCCAUGAUUCCACAUCUCAUCCCCAACUCCUAGAGUUAGUCCAGGGGAUGGCUUGUAUCAUGGAAGCAGGAACACAAAAGUGUGUUUCUGAAUAGGGAAGGGGGGAGAUGGCCAUGGGCAGAGUCUCUCCCAGCUCCGGCCUGAGGCCCCCCUUAGCAGGAGGGAAGCAGAAACAAGCUCAUUUUGUCGGCAUCCUAAGGAAAUGAUUCUGACAGUCCGGCAAGCCAUUGGGGUGAGAGGUGAAAAUGCAAAGGCCUUGAGUUCCCUGGGGUCUCCCCUACUUUUAGGAGAGCCAAGGUUUGUGUGCAUUGCAAAGCACAUACCCAGUUCCACUUGACACACAAUCUGGUUUAAAUAAUGCUAUAAGCCAUGUUCAUGACCAUCCCAGAAAUGACCAGAACACCCAGCUCCCUUGUCCCGUGUGCUUCCUUUGAACAUUACAUGUGAAUGUUUGACAAGCUGGUAGGAAUAAUCCUUUUUAUUGUAGAUAGUGCUGCAACUUUUCUUGGGUUUUUGGUGUGUUCUUUAAGAUGAGAUAUCUAUAAAUAUCUAUACAUAUUAUAUAUAUACAUAUAUAUACACGAGUCUCUCUAUGUGGCUUUCUGUUGGACGUGGUCUCAUCUGUUGGUUUGCUUUCCCUCCCCCCUUUGGUUGAGAUAAAAUUCAAUGGACUCCCUAUUUCUCUGUACCAGGUGAAAAAACCUAUUUUUGUGCAUCUUGGCAGCCGAUGCUAAUGUUGGCAUUGAUGCCAUGAGACUUUGAGAUGACCACAAAUGUAAAAUGAAUACAAACUCUUGUUGUAGAAAGAAUUAACUGUUAAAAAAAAAAUUAAUAAACUAAGAAGAAUGUGA